AUGAAGAAAAUCCCAGGCGUCGCCGUCAAUCCGUCUGAACCGACUACCAAGUGCGGAUAUUACUGGGGCUACUCAGUUCGAUUUGCCCGCACCUUCAGCAAGGUUUUCUCCGAAUGUCCUUACGCUGAUGGCUACGAUUUGACCGUUGGAACCUCUGAACGAGGGAAGAACCUCGACCACGUCGAAUUUCCCUCUUUCAGGUAG